CACCGCCGCCCGAUUUUCUGAUUUUUUUUAUAAAUUUUGUUUCAAAAUAAAAGUAAUAUUUUGACGAAAAUAUUGUCGCUGUACAGCUUUGGAUUUGUCAUGUAGUUUAGUUUGUAGAAGGUUUAAACUCGACAUGACUGAAGGUCUAUUGCAGAAACCGCUUCCGGACCCCUGGAGCUUUGGGGUCUUGAAAGACGGCCGAGUUUUCUUUAUAAAUGACGACGAUGAAAUUACGACGUGGCUGCACCCUACAUUAGGAACAAGUGUUAUGACAGGUUACUAUAGAAGCCAAGAUUUACCCGAUGGUUGGGAGUUGGGGUUUACCAUUGAAGGAAUUCCAUUCUACAUCAACCAUAAAGAAAGAUACACGACGCCCAUGAAACCCAAUGCAACGAGAAGCGACACAAAGAAGAAGAGAAAACCCUCGUUAAGCGGGACAAUUACCCGACCAUUGUUUCGUCGCAGAAGUCAAACUGAUCGACGAAGUACUGAUGGUGGAAACAACGCUGGAAUGAAAGGGAAGAAGUUGACGGCGAUGCGUCGAGACGGAACAUCAUUUGUGGCGCGCAGUGGUUGGCUUUAUAAACAAGAUAACUCGGGGGUGGGCGGGGUUAGGGUGUGGCGCAAAAGGUGGUUCGUUCUCGCUGACUUUUGUUUGUUCUAUUAUAAAGACGCACGUGAGGGUGAUGUCUUGGGAAGUAUUGUUCUACCAAGUUAUCAAAUAUCGACGGUGAACCCCGAGCGACAUGGGAGAAAAUAUUCAUUCAAGAUUGAACACUCUGGAAUGCGUAGUUAUUACAUAAGUGCUGAGUCGUACCAUGACAUGGCAGAAUGGAUCAAACUAUUGACCCCACUAUGUUCGUUCCAACCCACAAGGAAAGUGCUAAGUAAUAACGGCACUGAUAAUGAUGCGGCAAAAUUUGGAUUUACGGAAAUACGACGAAACGAGAAUCGAUCAAACCUGAAAGAUGAAAACGAAAAUAAUAAUAACGCUAAAAAUCAUGGUGUGGCAUCAACCACACAUAUCACAGCACCAAAUACACAUGUCAUGGCACCAAGCUCACAUGCCGCGGAACCAAACACAUACACUACUGCACCAGGCUCCCACACCAAGGCACACACACAUGGCACGGCACCUAACUCACAUGGCACGGCACCCAACACACAUGCCACGGCACCUAACUCACACACCAAGCCACGCCCACAAAAUAAGCACGACACACCUGUACAAAGUAACGCGCGCACGAAUGACACACAUCGUGCGCGCAAUGCACAACGUCCGCGAUAUUCAGAUACUACUCAUAGAAACAACAUUAACCAAGAUAUGCAUCGGCGAUUAUCUGACAACAGUCACCAGCAAACAAAUAUUGUACGAAACAACUCGAUGUUGCGUCUUGGAGAUUGGGUUUCGAGUAAAAAGAAACGUAAUUCAUCCAUGGGCAAUUUAAACACAGUCAGACCAUCAAGUUCACGUGAUAGUCGUACAAUGAGAUACGAAUCACGUGAUCGUCGAUACAAACCAGGUUCGUAUCAUGAUUACAUGGAUUCAAUGGAAGUCGCUUCAAGCAUUAUGAGCGUACCACCUUUUCAUAGAAAUAACAAAACUUUGUCGUUGCCGAGGCCAAGGUCAACUCAGACAUUGAACCAACGAGGCAAACCUACCAAGAGCUUGGGUGAACUACACCCCCCCCUAACCCCUGUUACCCCAACGUCACCCAACAUGUACGAGGUAUUCACCCCAACAACAACUGAAGAAAAGUUCGAUUAUUCAAAACCAUCUGGUUCGGCAAACAUAGAAAUCAAACAAAUGGAUGUAAAAGGAAGAAGUGGCCAGUUGAGAGCGUUUGCGAUAUCCGUUCGGAAACCCCCUUCAGAUGUUCAGAAUUAUUUGAAGAAAGUAGCGAGUUACGAGACUGAAUUGAAAACGAAUGAGCAACGAAUGGAAGCAGGGGAUGAUUGUACGGGGAAUCACGUGAUUGUGUCGUGA